AAUAUUGGAGAGAGAUAAUCAGAAAUAGUAACAGUAGGAGAUGAGAUUUGUGGAGUGAAAAUGUAUCAGGCUCCGUCCGCCGAGACAAAGGAAAAAACAAGCACACAAAGCGAGGGGAGGUACAAGAUGAAAAACGUGAAGGGGUUGGCUGAAAGAACCCUAAUUUUGCAGAGGUCCGUAUCCUAUUGGGCUGCUCAAAAUUCACAGUUUUAUACCGCCAUAUCAUAACCUCGUCUUCUUCUUCUUCUUCUUCUUCUUCCGUUAGUGCAUUAGUUGUUCUUUGGUUUCCCAAUUUAGUUCUCAAAUUUUGGCCUGUUCUCCAACGAUUUACAUGUGCUUGUGCUUUGAGAGCGGAUAGUGCGGCGGAAUGGGUGAGAAGUUUUGGGUGAAUCAGGAAGAUAAAACAAUGGUUGAAUCCGUCGUGGGUCCAGAAGCCUGUGAGUUCUUGGUAUCGUUGGCUUCUGGUAACAUGUUAUCAGAAUCUAGCAGUUCAGGACAGAGUGCUAGUGUGCAGUUGGGGCUUUCUCAGCUCGUCCAUGGGUCUCCGUGGAAUUACGCCGUUCUUUGGCAGGUAUCGAGCUCGAAAAACGGUGGGUCUGCGCUGAUUUGGGGCGGCGGGCAUCGGCGGGACUCGAAAGUUGGAGAAGCUGGAGAAGGUAAUGUCUCCGGAGAAGGGGCGGGUGAGAAGAAUCAAGAGGUGAGGAAGCGGGUGAUUCAGAAGCUGCAGGCGUGUUUCGGGGGAUCAGGGGAGGAUAAUUUUCCGGCGAGGCUUGAUUUUGCUUCGAAUGUGGAAAUGUUUUUUAGGGUAUCAAUGUAUUAUUCAUUUCCAUGUAGUUCGGAUUCACCCACUGGGCCUGCUCAAGCGUUUCAUUCUGGCAGGUUCGUUUGGGUUUCGGAUGCAAAAGGGUGUUCGGAUCAAUAUCAAUCGAGGACGUUCUUGGCGAGGUCGGCAGGCUUUAGGACGCUGGUGUUUGUGCCGGUGAAAUCAGGGGUGGUGGAGCUGGGUUCUGUAAAUUCGAUUUCUGAAGAUCAUAGUGUUGUACAAAUGGUCAAAAGCUUAUUUGGAGAAUUUCGAUCAGGGCAGGCCAAGGGAUUUCCCAAAAUUUUUGGGCACGAGCUUAGUCUUGGUAGAACGGUGUCGCGAUCAGGUAGUAUUAAUUUUUCGCCCAAGGUGGAGGAUGAUUCAGGUUUUGGUUCAGAAUCAUACGAAAUACAAGCUGUAGGUGCCAAUCAAGUUUAUGGGAACUCUUCCAAUGGAUUUCAGAGAGAAAAUAAUGAAGGAAAGGUGUUCCCUCAGCUGAAUCAAAUGAUUAUUGGGGGUUUGAAUGCUCAGGCAAGGGUUCAAAGUCUGGACCAAUCUAAGGAUGAAUUGUCGCCUGUGGCUAAUGAUCGAAAACCCAGGAAAAGAGGUAGAAAGCCUGCUAAUGGGAGAGAGGAACCAUUGAAUCAUGUGGAAGCUGAGCGGCAGCGACGCGAGAAGCUUAACCAACGAUUCUAUGCAUUAAGGGCUGUUGUCCCUAAUAUCUCCAAGAUGGACAAGGCCUCACUGCUUGGUGAUGCCAUUACUUACAUUACUGACCUCCAAAUGAAGAUUAGGAUGUUGGAAGCUGAGAAGGAAAUGGUUGCUAAUAAUAAUCUGCAAAAGCAAGUCAGUGUUCCAGAAAUCGAUUUUCAAGCAAGAAAUGAGGAUGCUGUUGUUAGAGUGAGCUGUCCUUUGGAUGUUCACCCUGUUUCUAGAGUUGUGAAGACAUUCAGAGAACAUCAGGUUACAGCUCAGGAGUCUGAAGUUUCCACCACAGAGAACAAGGUUAUUCAUACAUUCUCUAUUCGAACUCAAGGUGGUGCUGCUGACCGGUUGAAGGAGAAACUGGUGUCUACCCUUUCGAGUUGAUCUUGUAAACUUUGUAUUUGUAAGAUAAAACUAAAAGAAAGCUGUGCGUUGUUGCAUUUCCUGUAGAAGAACAAGAAUGUCUUCCUCUUUUUGUUGUUGUUGUUGUGAUUUUUAUUGUUGUUCAUUAUGAUGAUGAUAUUGUUGUUGUUGCUGUUGCUGCUGCUGCAUUUUUCUUUGUCCUAUAAAUGCAAAUCAUUUCCAAUUCAAUUUAA